AACCCUUCCACAUUCUUCUUUAAGCUUUGGAGUUUAAUGGGAUCUAACAUGAGCUGGCAUUUGUUCGUCUCCUCGGCCCUCAAUUUGCUUUUCUGUUCUCUUGCACACAGCUCGGCGGAAUCUGCCACGCAAUCGUUGAACUCUUUUGUUCAAGAAUAUGCUUACAGAACGGUGCUCAAACACCGGCCUCAUACGGGUGCUCUAUACGAUGCUAUGCUUCCCCAGAAUCUGUCAGGUAUGGAUGUUUCAGUGGUUCGUCUUCGGAGCCGAAGACUGUGGAAGAGAGGAGCUAAUUUCAGCUACUUUCAAAUCCCACCAAAGACCAUCACCAUUCCCCACGUCAGAAGAUUGGCCAUUGUGUAUCAAAACUUAGGCAAUUGGUCCUCUCAUUACUACAAUUUGCCAGGUUACUCACUCGUCACUUCUGUGUUCCCAAAUACUACUUUCUUGGCUGGUGUGAAGUCGAGGGCAAGAUGUGUAACUUUCAGUGCCAAUGGAACAUUUUAUAUUAGUGAGAUGAUGAACCAGAAUGUGUGUCACUCCAGAGAGGAGGGUCACUUCACAAUUGUUGUUCCAUUGGAGAGAAAACGGCGACGAUGGUAUUUGUGGGUGAUUGGUUCUGUGGUUGGAUUCUUGGUUUUGAUUUGGGUGAUGACUUAUGUGGGAAUUUCAUCGAUGAGGCUUUUGAAGGCUAAGAGGAUUAGGGCUAUGGAGAGACAGGCCGAUGAAGAUUUGGUUCUUCAGAGUAGGUGGGUGGGAACUAGCAAAAUGCCAUCAGCAGCUGUGACUAGAACUCAACCAGUUCUUGAGUGCAAUGUUCCCUAGUUCUUUGCGUUUUUUUCUUUUUUAAACUGUCACAGAGCUAAUUUUUCUUCUUGUAACUGCAUAACUUGAUUUGCUUUUCUGGGCAAUUAAGAAUCUGCUCUCUAUUUUGGCCAAAAUGAGCAAAUGAUUAAGUGCAAAAA